AUUUUCAUGAUAGGAUGGAGGACAAACACCAGCAAUUACUUUUAGCAAGGGAAGCAAACACAGAAAUUGAAAACCAGUCUUCUGAGCUGCUAAAAGACCUAGCAUCGAAGUGGUUUAUGGACACACAGGCUCCUCUACUAUUACAGAAUGGUACUUUACCUGAAUGGUUCCACGGAUUCAUUACAAGAAAGCAGACUGAAGACCUGCUUAAAGACAAGGACCUUGGCUGUUUUCUUAUCAGAUUAAGUGACAAAGCAAUUGGGUAUAUUUUGUCCUAUAGAGGUAAAGAUCGAUGCCGGCAUUUUGUAAUUAAUUAUUUACGGAAUGGACAUUAUGUAGUGUCUGGAGAUACUUGCACCCAUGAAAGUCUUGCAGGCCUGAUAGAAUAUUACCGGACUUCAGAAAUUGAGCCUUUUGGAGAGAAUCUCAUAACAGCUUGCACUGAGAGACUAGAGAAAAGUAUAUAUGAUGAAAUCUGUUUGGACCAGCAAACUUCUUCAAAGCAAAGUAAAUCAAACAGUGGAACAGUGAACCCAUUGCUGAUAAAGCAAAUGUCUGGUAGUUCACCAACCACUGUGCCAAAGAAGGAUACCCCCAGCAGUUCUGCUCAGGAUGAAAAACUCUCAAGCUUACCUCUACGAUCAAAGAAAACACUUCAGGAACAGCAGAGAAACUUGUCAGGAGAGAAAAAACACUUCAGUCAUGAGGAUUUAGACAUGGCCCCACCACUGCCGGACAGGAGCAGCUUGCUUAUGCCUGAGAUACUCAGACAUGACUUAGAUGAUCAAGGAACUACGGUAUAUGCAAUGCUGAACAAACACCACUUAAGUGACAGGGACCAUGGUUUGGAGACACACUCUGCCACUGACAAAGUCCUCAGUGAGAAUCCAGGCUGUUCAGCACAAGGGGAACCCCAGCACAAACCAGGAGAACUAGACCAAGCAAGCUACACUUAUGGCAAAAAAAUAAGUACUGUGUAUGCUCUCACUAAACAAACUGAACAUUUUUACAGUAAACAACUUGACCUGACAAAGCCAUCCCCACAAGACACUGUGUAUUCUGAGGUUAACCUAGAACAAGACAAAUGCCAUUCUUCACUUACACAAAGUCAAGGUAUCUUUUCCCUACAUUUUCCUCUAUCAACUCCUUCAGAAACAAAGUUGACAUUAAGUGCUCCUGCUUCAAUGCUGUCUAAGUUGUCUAAGUUACCCAAUAAAGCUAGAACCUCCAUGGAGUCCCAAGGUUCAGAACAACUAUAUGCAACCUCUCUACACUUCAACAAAGGGCAAUCACAAGAGAAGAUCUCUAAUUCCCCGACACACAUCACAUGUGGACAGACUGAUAAGGUGAAAUCCUCUACCAUUUUUGCUUCUGGCUUUGGUAAUCUAAACAGUACUUAUGAACAGAUUCCUAUUGGCUGGUCAAGGUCAUCCAGCGAUGACCUACCUUCAGAGAAAAUUUCCAAGUCUCGCUUAAUACAAGCUGAUGUUACUUAUGAUCAGGUAUCUACUUUGAACAUAAGAUCCUUCAGAACAGAGAACCGUACUGAUAAUUCACAUGAAAAGACCUCUGAGCAUUGUCUCAAAGUUUCAUCUGCAAAGCAAGUUCCUGGUACUAAUCACACACAUGAGCUAAUUUCCAUGGACAAAGUAAAGGGAGCAGAAGCAAAAUCAAACCUGAAGAUGGAUAAGCGAAGAAGAUUUUUUUUUCCAGACAAGAAGAAUAAAUCAUGAAGCUUUAAAUCUCUUUAAUUUAAUCUAAGGAAAGAUCACGAAGUGACACGUGACUACAGAAGUAUUCCUUCUGUAAUUUCACCAAUUGCAGUGUGGUUAGCUAGAGAUGCAUUCAUCCAUAUUAUUUAUAAAAGCAGUAACAGGUAGCUGGCAGCUAACUAUUGCUCUAAUUCACAGAAAUCUGAGACAGUCUCAAUUUCCUCCAAAUCCAUGUGAAUUUGGGACCAAAGUCAAGCACUCAACUGGAAUUCCAAGUCCAGUGCCAUGGAACAUAUAGGUUAUUGACAGAAGUUAAUUGAAAUGCCUUUGAAAUGUUUCAGAGGGCUGGCUGGACAACAUGUAGGCCCUUUAAAAUGUUCCAAAAAGACCUGAAGUGUUUUGAAACAGUAUCUCUUGAUAUAAGGUGCUGUUUUGGAGCAUUUCAGUUUCUGUUGCUUGUGUAUAGGGACAGGGGAUCCUCCAGAAUCCCAUAGUGCUCUAUCCCCCUCACCUCCCCACACACAAAGAGUAGGAAAGGAGAAGAAGGUGAGCAAUCUUCAUGCUGAGUAACAGCCUGCCAGACUGUGCAGCCACUGGAUUCCUUUCCCUGCACGCAAGGGCCCCGCUACGUCUGGGCUCUUCAGCCUAGUUUCCUCUAUCCCUCAGCCUUCCAUCUCACCAAAAUAGAGGGAUAGAGGGGACUGGGACUGAAGAUUCAGACUCCCCACAGCUUUUUAGAGCCUAUGAGUUUAUGAAUGAUCUUACCUAGCCUAACUAAAUAAAAAAAAACAAAUUUGACCCUAGCUAAAUAAAAAUUUCCAGCUACUAGGAUAUGAGUUCGUGCUUCUCUGUUUGCCUGCACUGAUGUUUUGCCUGAUUCUUAGAUUGUGAGUUUUCUGAAGAUGUGACUGAUUUUGUCUUUGUGCAGCGUACAGUACAAUAGGGUGCCAAUACCUGACAGCAAUACAGAUAAUUACUGUAUAGUCACAUGCACAUACUGAUGCUACAAUAUGCAACUCUCAUAACACUGGCAUCUGACUAAUUUGGUUACAUUUUCAAUACUGCCUUCUCUUUCAAAAAAUCCAUGGCUCAAUUCAAACUUCACAUCCAUUUUCUGCUGUUUAAAAUGUAGUGACUCAAGUUACUUCCAAUUUACCUUAGUGGGAGUGAAACAGAAAUAAACUCCAUGAAUCUACAUAUAUGAGAUUCUUUAUUUGCAAAUCUUUAUUCAGAAUGCUAAAGAUAGAGCUAAGCUGUCAUAUUUUUACUCUGAGCCUAAAUCUAAAUCUCUCUUUUAAAAUUGAAAAUAAACAUA